UAUGCUUUAGAGUACUGUAUAUUGAAUUGCAUUGAAAGCCAAUGCAAAUGAAAUGCAAUGCGAUUUUGACUAUUGAUUGGCAAUCGGUUUGUGUCUAAACAAUCAAAAUAAUAAUUCAUUUGAUAUUAAUAUAACAUUUCGACAUAAACUGUGAAUAAAUAGAUUUGAAGCCAACUAUUGAUGUGAUGGCAAACGUAUCGCUUGUUUAAUACAAUUGUCAUUCAAUUGAUUAUAACAUUGUGUUUACAUUUUGUGUUUUCAACAUUUCAUUCAACACUGAUUUGGUGUCAAACGAGUCGUUUAAUCAAUUGAUUACAUGAUUUAAUUGGUCACCGAUUUUGACCACCGAUUGACACGUGUUUUGUGCCAUUGAUUGCAAACAUGUUUACCAUUAGUUUGUCAACUGAAGCGAUGGUCAAGUGUUUGGUCUGAAUAGAGAUGAAAAGCGAUGAAGAAGUGGUGAAGUAUGCGUCGAAAGACAUUUUAUUUGAUUGGAUGCCUUUCCUUCAUCUGCUGGACGGCUGUCCUCUGCUAUCUGUUUGUUCACAAACCAAACACUAUUAAAUAUGUCUAUAAGUAUGAAGAAGUUAACAAAGAGGUUGACAUCUUAGAGAACGAAUUGAAACAACAGCUCAAAUCUAACGAAGCAUUACUUAUGACACUCAAGAAUAUUAAAGAACAGAUCAUUAAAACGGGAAAAGAUAUAAAACAUAUUUUGGCUGAAAAUCCAUCGGCUCUUUCAAUGGACAGAACUGUUGACAUUAAUAAAGAUCCCGUUAUAUGUGUGCUAUUGUUUGCUUGCAAUAGAAUUACAAUUAAGAGAAAUUUGGAUCAAUUACUCAAAUAUCGACCAAAUCCUCGAAAUUUUCCAAUAGUUGUCAGUCAGGAUUGUGGUCACGAACCCACCCGUAAAGUUAUUCAAUCAUAUGGCGAACAAUUGACACUUAUUAGACAACCGGAUCAAUCGGAUAUACCAUUGACAGGAAAAGCUAAAAAAUUUAAAGGCUAUUAUAAAAUAGCCCGACAUUACGGGUGGGCACUCAACCAAACGUUUCAUACUCUUAACUAUGACACAGUCAUCAUCAUUGAAGACGAUUUAGAUCUCUCUCCAGAUUUUUUUGAAUAUUUUAGAGCUCUCUAUCCAUUACUCAAAACAGAUCCCACUCUUUACUGUAUCAGCGCCUGGAAUGAUAACGGAAAGGAUGGACUCGUUUCUAAUGAAGCGGAUAAGUUAUUCAGAUCUGAUUUCUUUCCUGGACUCGGAUGGAUGUUAACUAAAGAUAUUUGGUUGGAGUUUGAGAAUAAAUGGCCGAAAGCUUUUUGGGACGAUUGGAUUAGAGAGCCGGCACAACGUAAAGAUAGAGCUUGUAUUAGACCAGAAAUGUCCCGCACCCGCACAUUUGGUAAAAUAGGAGUCAGCAAUGGUCUUUUUUAUGAAAAACAUUUGAAAUUUAUUAAACUCAAUGAAGAGUCUGUGCCUUUUACUCAAAUUAAUUUAACAUAUUUAUUAAAAGAAAAUUAUGACGUGGAUUGGGUUAAAACGGUUUACGGCAGUCCAACGGUAACUCUCCAACAAUUACUACGAUCUGAUAUUCCAAGUGAUGGUCCGAUUCGGAUCACUUACGGUUCAAAAGAUGGAUAUAAGAAAGCGGCCAAAGCUCUCGGUUUGAUGGAUGACUUCAAAUCUGGAGUUCCGCGCACUGGUUAUAGAGGAGUAGUCACAUUCAUGCGUAAAGGUAGACGUGUUUAUUUGGCACCUCCACCUACUUGGAAACAAUAUGAUAUCACUUGGAGGUGAUCUUUAUUAGUAAUGCUACCGAUGAGCAGCCAUUUGUUAUCUAAUUGUUAAAAAAUGUUUUUCGGUCACAACAUAUUAUGUGAUAUAUAUUAACAAAUUUGAAAUAAUGACCCAUCAAAUGAUUGGUCUGUAUUAUUGGAGCAAUACAUCUAACAAUAAACUCCAGGAUUUUACUACUCUUUUACAACAAUCAUCAUCACUGAAGUGCAAUCAUUGGUCAUAUGUUUUAUUCAUACCUAAGCAAACUAAAGAUAAUAUUAUUUUAUAAGAUAAAUUAUA